CAGCCGACUUCCUGGAAACUUGCCUUCCACCACACUGUUUCACAUCCCAACCUCACCCGGUCAAUCUAGCCCCAAUUGCGUCUUUUGGCUCUUCACUAAAUUGCUCUAUUUAUACCCUUCUUCACUGCCUCUUUGAACUCGCCUGAGAACUCCAAAUCAUCCUCUUCAAUUCAAGCAGAGAGUGUAUCAUCCCUCUUUCUCUUUCUCGGGUACUCACUUUCUCUUCACUCCUCUUGUGUGGGCUUUGCUUUCGUUAAUGAAUUUUGCUUCUGGUUCUCGAAUUCCUCUUGUUUUACUUGGUUUAUGCUUGUAGAUCUGUUUUUGAUUUCGGGUUUUUCAUUUUUGUAUGCUAGAGUUAUGGUAUGUUCUAUUUAAUCUUUCUUGUAGUUCAUAUGAAUUAAAUCUUAAAUUGUGUUUAAUUUGUUGGGUUUAGUUCGACGAGAAUUUUGUAAUUUAAGGUUGCAGAUCUGAAUUCUGGUGAAUUAGUUUCUAUAUCACAUUAAAUUUUAUCAAGAAUGAUUAAUAUGCUUGGUCCAGGCUGCGCUAAACACCCUCUAGUAUCAAAUACUACAUGACAAUUGAAUGCAAAUUGAUAAGCUCCUAAAGAAACCUUAAGCUGCCUUAGCUGCUGCUUCUUCUUCUUCUUCUUCUUUAUUAUUAUUAUUAUUAUUAUUAUUAUUAAUGUUGCAUUAGCUUGUUCUUUAUACAAUAAAAAAUGUGUAAGUUUGGAAGUCCAACACCCCUUAGUACCAAAUACUACAUGAAGAUCUCCCAAACCGACUGGACCUAACUGGUUCAUUUUACUCUUCUUUUUCCAUUUGGACAAAUUAACAGGCAUCUAGAAAAACCUUGAACUGAUUAGAAAAAGUUAUUUGCCUUAUGUUGCCUUAGCUUCUUCUCUAUACAAUAAAGAAGUGCUAUUUUUAGAAGUUCACACUAAACACAUGCUAGUACUAAGUACUACUAAGUACUGCAGGGCAAUUGGACGGUCCUAGGCCUGCCUUCUCCCAAAGUAAUGGCAGGUGGAAUGUACAGAGCUCUUUACGAUAAAAUAAAUCAAAAGCCCCGUGAUCAUGUUUUUAUAAACAGUUCAAGCCGUAGUAUUUUGAAAGUGCCUAAUCAUUUACGCCAGAUAAAUGAAAAGGCCUAUGAACCUCAAGUGAUCUCCAUUGGCCCUUACCACCGUGGUAAAGAUCACUUGAAGGCAAUGGAGGUGCAGAAAAUGAACAGCCUAAAAUUGGUUCUUGACCAAGGGAGAGAACACAAAGUGGAGGCAUAUGUGAUUGCCUUGGAAGAAAUGGAAAAAUAUGCUCGCAAUUUUUAUUCUGAACCUCUGGAUCAUAUUAGUAGAGAAGAAUUUGUAGAAAUGAUGCUUCUUGAUGCAUGCUUUAUAAUUGAGCUUAUUUUCUAUAGCACCACAGAGAAACUUUUCACACCUUUUAUUUUGAAAAAGGUAAUGCGUGAUCUGCUGCUACUUGAAAAUCAACUUCCUUUCUUUGUACUCUCCAAGUUGUAUUCCCUGUCUGAUUGUCAGCAGUUCGACGAUAUAGAGAACAGGAACAACAUUGCCUGUAUGGCAAAGGCUUUCCUCUUAACAAUAGUGCCAGGACUGCCAAUUAUUGAACGUAGCAGCUAUAAAGACGCCGAGCAUCUACUGGGCUUGGUCCAUUAUCUCUCCUACUCUGAGGAAGAGGAAAGACCUGACCUGCCCUCCAUACAUGAGGAAGUGGAAACACCUCACUCGGGCUCCUCAAGCAUGUCACGGGUAGUGGAAGUGGAAACACCUCACGCCAAGCGUGUCACGGGUAGUGGAAGUGGAAACACCUCACGCGGGCUCCUCAAGCAUGCCACGGGUAGUGGAAGUGGAAAGACAUCUCGAGGCCAUACUCACAUUAGAGGAAGAGGAAAGAUUUGACCCGCCCCCCAGUUAUGAGGAAGCGGAAAGAUCUCACGCGGUCCCCAUAUCCAGACGCAUAGGAGAAGAAGAGGAAAGCAGUCUCUGGUCAAUUACUGUGCACUCCUCUGAUUUGUUAGCAGCGAAGGUAAUUUUUCCAAGGCCAUCUAAUUUAAACAAAUGGCAAUUCAUUCGUUCUGCAACUGAGCUCAAGGAGGCUGGGGUCGAGUUCCAGAAAAACGAGGGGGAUUUGUUUGAUAUAAAGUUUCAAAAGGGGGUGUUGUCAAUUCCAACCCUAAAAAUUGACGAUUAUACAGAGUCCAUCCUUCGAAAUUUGGUUGCUUAUGAACAGUGCUACGCGGGCAUUUCCUCAAAACGCUUCACGGAUUAUAUUACAUUCAUGGAUUGUCUCAUCAACACAGGAAAGGACGUUGAAUUACUUUGUCGCUGUGGGGUUCUUGAUAAUUGGUUGGGUGAUAAUAAAGUCGUUGCCACCAUGUUUAACAGACUCCGCGACUCUGUUUUCAUCUCAGAAACGAACUUCUUCUACUCCGAGAUAUUCAACAGAGUAAACAAACAUUGCAACAGAAAGAGGAACUCGUGGAAGACCAACUUACGGCACAAUUACUUUAAUACUCCAUGGGCGUUGAUUUCCUUUAUUGCUGCGGUCAUUUUGCUUCUAUCUACUUUGUUGCAAACUUUGUUUUCAAUUCUCUCUUAUCAUCAUUAAUCAGUUUGACCAUUUCUAAUACAAUGUUAUGUAUUCU